AUGUCAGACUACCAGUACAAGUUCAAUGUCCAAAUGGGCUACGGUGGCUGCUCCAGCGCCAUAAAGGAAGCUGUUGAAGCCCUGAAUGGUGUGCAGAACCACUCCAUUUCCCUGGAAGAGCAGACUAUUUCCGUGGUGGUUGGACCUUUUCCCUCAUACGAAACUGUGUUGGAGGCCAUCAAGGCAAAGGGAAAGAAUGUGCGUAGCGGGGAGGCGGACGGAGUCACUCAGCUUGUUUGA